AUGACAGACCAAGACAACUCAUACAGACCUCAUUCCCCCGACUUGAAUUCCUUCCAGUCUCCGUUUCCUCCACCUGUCUCCCACUCUAUCUCCUACCAACAACCCACUAGCCCUGUGGCUCAUCGCGCCUCAUACGACGACUCGCCUUUCUUCACCCCGCAGUACCAGCGUCCCGCGCCCCCACCCUCCAGAGUCCCUCAACAAUAUAUCCCCCCAUUCACCGAGGCCAACUUCGAUUCCGAUAUGGCCCGUCGAUCGUCUCGAAUCGCGCGUGCAGCCGAUGUCGCGCCUGUCCCGGCUGCCGUGCCUGAUGUUGCCCCAGAGGUCGUUCCCGAAUACGUCCCUGAAUAUGUGUCGGAAUACGUCCCAGAGGUUCCGGAACCUGUCCCCGAAAUGAAGUAUGAAGAGCCCGCUGUGCCAGAGGAAUCGUUGCAAUCGCGUCCCGGCGCAGAUGUGGAGGUCAAGACAAAGUUCCCCGUGGCGCGCAUCAAGCGCAUCAUGCAAGCCGAUGAAGAUGUCGGCAAGGUUGCCCAGGUUACUCCCAUUGCAGUUUCCAAAGCACUGGAACUCUUCAUGAUCUCCCUCGUCACAAAAGCCGCCAAAGAAGCCAAAGAUCGCAAUUCCAAACGCGUCACCGCGUCACAUUUGAAGCAGGCCGUGGCCAAGGACGAAGUGCUGGACUUCCUGGCCGACAUCAUCGCCAAAGUUCCCGACCAGCCCGCAAGGAAAAACGACGACGACGGCAGCGACCAAAAUGAAGGGAAAAGGAAACGCGGUGGACGACGACCCAAGGAUGACAGCGACUAA